UUAUCACAGUGGAGGAACAAUGCCAAAACUGUUAUUAGACAUCAUCUCUAAAUAAGUCUAUAUGAGAAGCCAUGCACACUCUGAAGGGAAGUGCACACCAAACCACAGACAGGCAGGACACUCUCAUCUUCAGCGUGACAUUUUCAGUCAUACCGAGACCCAUUUGCUAGUACAUUUCUUAUUGAUAUAAAAAUCUUAUUUUCAGUACUGAGGACUUAUUAUUUGAAACUGUUCUGAUGUUCAAACUGCUGAAGAAAAUGCUUCACCUGAUAUUUUUUCAGUUGUGCUUGUGGUGUCUAGUUGGCGUGUCUGGUGUUGAUGAAGUGAAGUCAGUGAUGGAGGGAGAUUCAGUCACUCUACACAUACAGAGAGACGAUGAGAUCGAGUGGCGGUUUGGACCAAACAAAAUUCUCUUAGCUGAAGUCAAACAGAACAAUAUCUUGAAAUUUUAUGAUGAUAGUGCUGGUGGAAGGUUCAAAGGCAGACUGAAUCUGGAUCAGACUGGAUCUCUGUACAUCACAAACACCAGCACCACAGACUCUGGACUUUAUCAUGUAUACAGCACUAAAACAAGUACUUUACUAUACACAUUCAGUCUUGGUGUCUAUGCUCCUGUUCCUGUUCCUGUCUUUAUGAGAGACUCUCUACAGUAUUCAUCAUCAUCAGAAAGGUCAUCAAAAUGUCUGUUGCUGUGUUCAGUGUUCAAUGUGAGUGCUGUGACUCUCUCCUGGUACAAAGGAAACAGUUUAUUGUCCAGCAUCAGUGAGUCUGAUCUCAGCAUCAGUCUCUCUCUACCUCUGGAGGUGGAAUAUCAGGAUAAUAAUACCUACAGCUGUUUAGUGAACAAUCCUAUCAGCAACCAGACUCAACAUCUGGACAUCAGUCAAAUCUGUUCAGACUGUCGCUGUUGUGGUUCUCCUGAGGCUGUGAUCCGAUUGGUCCUCGCUGUUCUGCUGGGCAUGCUCGUGGGUGUCAUUCUGGCCUUUCUGGUUUAUGGAUGCAGAACCAGAAAUCUUCAACGGAAGAAGAAUGUGCGGAAAAGAGCAAUGGACAGGGAUCUAACAUAUGCAGAUGUCCUUGAAUGACUGGAGCCAUUAUCUGACAAGAAAUCCUUUAAGAAAAUAUAAUGUCAAUCUGCUGGAAAAAUAUAAGUUUGGAAGGAAAAAAAGCUGUUUUCUGUGCGAGACUUCAGAUUCAUUUCCCUAUCAUAGAUUAUCAAGAUGCAAUAAACAAACCAGUCUGUUUAUGAAUACAUUUUUUUAAAAAAAAAAAGGUUAGAAAAAUACAAGUUUGUAAUAGCAAGCAGCAUAACAGAGUGUUUUUGUACAGCUAAAAUAAGCAGGCUAAGUGAAUUACACUUGCAGCCUCGCACUUUGCACAUUCACAUUUAUACAAAGCAUCUGCUCUUAUGUUACUUUUUUCCCUUUGCAAAGAAUAGUGCCUUGCUAACCCACUGCGAUCACUAUUAUUAAAAUGCUAAAUUAAUAUAUGACUCUGUAUGUCUCUUUUUACUAACAUCUAAUCUCUCAAUGUGAUAACCUAGGGUAAAAAUUCUCAAGAGUUGCUAUGCUAUAUCUGAUAUGAAAAA